CCGCUAGGUGCGCUUUGAAAAAGCGGCGCGGCUAAUUCAAGAUGGCGGAGAUGGAGCAGCUUUUAGAUGAGAGUUCGUCGGCCAAAGCCCUGGUCAGUCUCAGAGAGGGGAGCUUACUGAAGUCCCACAACACCAGAGGACGAAGCAAUCUGCCCACUCUGGAGACGCCCACACGGAGCUCCAAGAGAACUCGUCUGUCAUGUGAGGAGGAGGAGCGGCCGUUACCCACCCGGUCACCUAGGAGGAGCCAGAGAGUCACCACCGCCCCUCAGAAGCUGGCGGGCGUGGGGACUCCAGAUAAGAGAGCGUCUCAGAGGAUCGGCCUACGGCUACGCAACCUGCUCAAGCUGCCCAAAGCCCACAAGUGGUGCAUCUACGAGUGGUUCUACUCCAACAUUGACAGACCGCUGUUUGAGGGAGACAAUGACUUCUGCCUGUGCCUGAAGGACUCGUUCCCCCAUCUGAAGACCAGGAAGCUCACACGUGUGGAGUGGAGCACCAUCCGCAGACUCAUGGGGAAACCCAGACGGUGUUCCUCGGCGUUCUUCGCUGAGGAGCGGACGGCGCUGAAGACGAAGCGUCAGAAGAUGCGUCUGCUGCAGCAGCGCAAGAUCACAGAUCUGUCCGUGUGUAAGGACCUGCCCGAGGAGAUCCCCUUGCCCCUCAUCAUCGGCACCAAAGUCACUGCUCGUCUGAGGGGUGUCCAUGAUGGGUUGUUCACUGGUCAGAUCGACGCCGUGGAUACGAGCGCAGCCACCUACCGCGUCACCUUCGACCGCAGCGGCCUGGGCACACACACUGUCCCUGACUAUGAAGUCCUCAGUAAUGAGCCUCAUGACACGAUGCCCAUCUCAGCGUUUGCCCAGAAGCAGAGGCCCCCACGCUUCCAGACCUUCAUGACACCCCCCCGGGGCUCCUACUCCGACUCUACACAACCCAUUCUCACGGAUGGGGACCCUCUGUUUAGCCAGUCCCCCUGGAGGAACAAGCUCACCGGCAGUGAGGGAGAGACCCUGGGAGGCUUCCCCGUCCAGCUCCUUGUCCAAGUAACGAGGCUGUCGAAAAUCCUGAUGAUCAAGAAGGAGCACAUUAAGCACCUGAAGGAGAUGAACACCCAGGUGGAGAAAAUGAAGUCGUACUCUCUGCCUGUGGGGCUGGACUUCCAGAAGAGAUACGCCACCACAGUGUUGGACCUGGAGCAGCUCAACAAAGAUCUCAACAAGGUCCUACACCAGGUGCAGCAGUUCUGCUAUGAGCUGGCCCCAGAGCAGGGCAUGCAGCCAGCAGACCAGCCCAGUGAGCUGCGGAGGCGCUGUGAGGAGGAGGGUCAGGACCUCGUACGGCUGUCCAACGAGACGCCCGACGGACACACACACGUGCAGAACCCCGGGCUCACACACCUGGUGUCCCGACUAACAGCCCUGCUGCUGCAGAUCAAGUGCUUGGCAGAGGGAGGUGAUCUGAACUCCUUUGAGUUCAAGGCGCUGACGGACUCCCUGAAUGACAUUAAGAGCUCCAUAGACAUGUCCAACCUGAGUUGUUUCCGUGAUAAUGUGGAGAUCCAUGUUGCGCACAUCCAGAGUGGUCUAAGCCAGCUGGGAAACCUGCAUGCCUUCUCAGCCAACAACACCAACACCACAUGACACACACACCAACUCACACAUUGGCUAUUUAUCUGAUCUCGGUGGAUGUGUGUGUGUGUGUGUGUGUGUGUGUGUGUGUGUAAGCCACAGGGCUUGUUGACCCUCAGUGUUUAGAAUGUGUGUGUGUGUGUGUGUGUGUGUGUGUGUGUAGUGAAGUGUUAUGUAUGUAUGUGUGUGUAUGUAUGUGUGUAUGUGUGUUUUUUUUGUCUCUAUCUGGACUGAUGUUUCAUCCACGGGGCAUUCUCACCCUUCAGUAUUUAGAGUGUGUGUGUGUGUGUAAAGUUCUCUGUUUUGAGUGUAUGUAGUGUAAUGUAUGAAUGUAUGUAGGUGUGUAUGUAUGUGUGAGUUUUUGUCUGUUCUAUCUGGCAUCCUGACCCUUCCACUGAGACGCCUGUAGGCACUGAUUACCCACUUAGUCCUCUAGGGGGAGACAAAGACCAUUUUAAACACAGACAACUCUCCGCAGAAAGAUGGAUCCCAAGUCAUGAGAGCAUUAGGGCCAGAGGUGCUGCUCAUUAGAACCUCCCAUACCAGUAGACUAGUGUGUGUGCUGUUUCUCCUCCGAUACACACAGCAUCCUCUACAUCAGUAGACUAGUGUGUGUGUGUGCUGUUUCCCUUCCGAUACACACGGCAUUCAUCACCUACUACACCACUAGACUAGUGUGUGUGUUGUUUCUUUUUUUUACUUUCUAAAACAAAGGCAGUUAUUUAAAAUCAUUUGAUUCCCUAUACCUUUCAGCCAUCCUACAAAUGCCGUAGGUUAGACUUAACCUAUUGAGCUAUACAUGGACUUUUUUUUUUAAAGUGUACAGUGUAGAUAUUUGUACAGUUCUUGCAGUUGUUGUGUUAACUGAAUAGAUGUUCGUUUGAACAUUGUUUGACUGAUAUCAGAAGAAUGUUACUUUGUAAAGUUUUUUUUUUUUUUUUUUUUAUCCUAAAGCUGUUGCAAAACUGAGUUUAGUGUUUUGUGUGACUUGUUUGUGGCCAUGGGAACAUGGUUUAACGGUGCUGUUUCUGUUUCUGAAGAGGCUACUGAUGCUGUUUUGACAGUAGCCUGCUCAUUCACCUCCCCCAUUGGUUGUGUAAAGCAUACGGAAAUGUAAAUAUUUCUUGCAGUUUCUUAUGUUUAUUAAAAUCUCUGAGAAACA